CACAAGAUCUUUAGUGCUGAGUAACCGCCUCCAAACAAACAUCACAGGACCAGCCAUCUGCAUCACGGAUUAAAGAGACAGCACUGACACCAGACACGGACAGAUUGUACAAAACGGAGAAGAAACGUUCUGCAUAGGACAAAAUGGGCAAAGAUUACUAUAAAAUUUUGGGAAUUGCGAAAGGAGCAUCGGACGACGAUAUCAAAAAGGCGUACAGAAAACAGGCUCUGAAAUGGCACCCUGACAAAAACAAAACCCCUAAUGCGGAGGAAAAAUUCAAGGAGGUCGCGGAGGCUUAUGAAGUUCUUAGUGAUCCAAAGAAACGAGAAAUAUAUGAUCAAUACGGCGAAGAAGGUCUUAAAGGAGGCGGAGGGGCAUCGGACGGGCCAGGGGGUAACUUCACCUACACCUUUCAUGGAGAUCCUCACGCGACGUUCGCCACGUUUUUCGGAGGCGCGAAUCCCUUCGAGAUGUUUUUUGGGAGGAAAGUCAAUGGACGGGACGACGAUGAUAUGGAAGUGGACGGCAGCGAUCCGUUUGGUUCUUUUACGAGUUUUAACAUCAAUGGAUUUCCACGAGACAGGCACGUCGGCCAGGGAGGCCCGCCGCGCAGAAAGCAAGACCCCGCUAUACACCACGAGCUCCGGGUAUCUUUAGAGGAGGUGUUUCACGGAUGCACCAAGCGCAUGAAAAUUUCACGCAAGCGCUUGAAUCCGGACGGUCGGACCUUGAGAACCGAGGACAAAAUCCUCACCAUUGAGAUCAAGCGUGGUUGGAAAGAAGGAACUAAAAUCACGUUUCCGCGAGAAGGCGACGAAUCUCCUAAUACCAUUCCCGCAGAUAUUGUGUUUGUCAUCAAAGACAAGCCUCACGCCCAUUUUCGACGAGAGGGCUCUGAUAUAGUGUACCCGGUUCGGGUCAGUUUGCGUCAGUCAUUAUGUGGAUGCUCUGUCACCGUGUCAACGAUAGACGGUAAAACGUGCAAUAUAAAGAUAACUGAUGUUAUCAAACCCGGCUUGAGGAAGAUAAUUGCUAGUCAAGGACUGCCCUUUCCAAAAAACCCUGAACAAAGAGGAGACCUCAUUGUGGAGUUUGACGUGAACUUUCCUGACAGUCUGCCAUCUAAUGCCAAGGAUGUCCUGAAACGACACUUGCCAACCUCGUAAAGGCAGGUUAAAUACACUUUAGUGACAUUAUAUUUGAACGAAUCAGUCCCAUCCAGAUGUGCACUAUAAUGGGAAAUCAGAUUUUGAGAAUGUGCAAUUUCUAUUUUUAUCUAAUUGUUUUUCUUUGUACAUAUAUGUGUAAUACAUAUAUGUAUUUAUACAAUACAAAUGAUGUUGCAUGGAUAUGUAUGUCACUGCAAACAUAAAGUGCAAUCUAUGUCUGAAUGCAAAUGUUUGGCUUUGGCUUCAUGGCUUUCUGGUUGUUGUUUUCAUUGAAAUCAUGCCAUAGCCUAUUGACAAGUUGUUCAGUUGAAACUUUGUACAUUUACAGUAUUACACAUAGUAAAUUAAAAUAUAUUUAGCUUUUGGCCUUUUUCACGUAGAUUCAAUUACAUGGAUUUUUUCAAGGUGAAAUCAAUCUGUACUGACAGAUCUCGUGUUUCCUAUUUGAAAUGAACGGAUGACUUGCUUAAAUGCAGUAAAUUGUAUGAUGGAAAAAGUACUGUGAAUACAUGCCUUCAAUCUAGCUGAACACUGAAGCAGUUAGCCAGACUUAUAUAUUGCCUUUUCAGGUCUGAUAUGUCAGAUCCUUUUAAAUGUGAGUGACAGGAUUUGCUCACAUAUGUAACUGUCUUUGACAGAGUCUAAAGUUAUGCUGUGGGGUGAUAGCAUACAGCAUUUAUUAAUGUCUUUGCAUAAUUAUAAUCAAUUACAUUUUCACUCUUUGGAUUACUUAUCAGUAUCUCGUGUUUGGAUAAAGUUUGAGUUUUCUGGAUAAAGUCUUUAUGAUACAUUUAAUAAAAACCGAGGUAAUCCUCUUUUAAAAUUGA